AUGGAAUGUCGUACGGCCCUCGGACGUAACUUCAACGAGAUUCUGGGAUUAUAUGAGGAACAUUCCGACAAUGUCAAGACCUUGCGCCAGACGUUACUGCAGCGGAUUCUCCCCAAUAUCCAGGAGGACGGCCUACUGGACGGCGAAGCAGAGCUUCUUCGUGCACACCAGUGGCUGGAAGAUGACGCCUCAACGUUCAAAAUGUACAAGAGACACAAAUUCACCUCCUCGUUCGCUCUCGAAGCCAUGCGUGAUACUUUGUUGUGGCGAGAUCGUCACUUGAACUCCUGGCCGCAGAAUUUGCGAUUUCCACGACAGCUACUCUUUUGCCUCCGACCACCCGCGAGCGACUGCCUUGGCCAACCUGUCGUGAUCAUACGCCCCUCUGCCCUGCAAGGCCAAGCCCUAUCCACAGAAACCCUGCAAGGCUAUUUGAUACACGCCCUCGAAAUGCUGCGACAACACCUUGCGCGAACCAACUCCGAGACGACCACACGACCCAAGCUACAAGUCCUCGUCAUCCUCGAUAUGACAGGCAUAUCAGUGCGAACACUCAACAUUGACCUCCUCACAUGGUACGCUCGCGAGGCCAUGCCUCGUUUCCCCGGUAUACUCGCGGGAGGGGCGUGGUCUGUGCUGAAGCAUGUACUUCCUGAAGCUGCUCUGAGGCGCGUCUUCUUUCUCUCGCGGCAAGAGCUGCAUGUUGUCGUGCCAGCUGAGUCAUUGCCUCAAGAUUUUGGCGGCGAACUGCCCUUUCUCACGGAAACCCCGGAUAUCCUCGACUAUCCAGGCUCGCCGGAAUCCGCCGCUGAACAUUCUCGACAUCCGUCUCCAUCUAUCGCACCCGUCCGCCCUCCCCCACGACUGUCACCUCGCUCGUCGUAUAAUCCCUAUUGGGGAUACCCAGUCAACUCAGGAAGUUUUCACUCCUCAACAGGCAGGAGGCGCAAACGCGAUUUGGUGCGAACAUUGGCAGUCUUAUGGUGGGAACGCUGGAGGGGCCAUGCUACCGCAGGGCUAGCUUUGUCCGUUCUCGCAGUCGUGUUCCUCGUGCUACGCGCCCGCGGGCGCUUGGGUGGUUUGGCUCGGAUGCGAAUGGCCAGACCUUGA